AUGACUGAUAAAGUUAAACAAUUAGUAGGAACUUUAUUACAGUAUAAGUAUUUUUUAACUGAAGAAAAGUUGUCUUUACCAACUUCACAUAUAUCAAUUGUUCGAUGGAACCAAGAAAUUAGUGAAAUUCAUACUAAUCAAAUUCUAAAUAAAAACAAUUACUCUACUUUUUUUACUCUUGGAAUAAUGAUGGAUGAGUCAAUGCAUGAAACAAAUCAACCUGAUUUCCAACUAUUAGAAAUGAAAGAUUUGACAAGUUGUACAGGAAAAUCUGUAGCUUAG